UUCACUGCAGCGAAUGAGCAGCGUAGAAUUAAGCUCUUGAGGUCUUAGAGGCGGAUAUAAAUUGAGAUGGCGGACUCUCUCCGGAGAACCAAGCCCGCUACGCAAUACUGCUAGAACUUCGACUUGUAUAGUUCACAGAGUACACACUUUUCUUCUCAGGAAGCAGAAUGGCCGCCAGCACUUUCACGAAGGAGCAGUCACAGUUGGUGAUAGAAUCAUGGCAAAUGGUGAAGAAAGACUCGGCCACAAAUUCGUUGACCUUUUUUACUAAAAUUUUUGAAAUUGCGCCGGGAGCAAGAGCCCUUUUCUCUUUUCUGAAAGACUCGGACGUUCCUUUCGACAAGAAUCCAAAGCUGAAAGCUCACGCGCUCAAUGUUUUCAGGCUUACUGGGGAUAGUGCUUCUAUGCUCGGGGAGAAAGGAGCUAUCGAUGCUCUACAUCCAAAGUUGAAAGAGCUCGGAAAGAAGCACGUCGGUUACGGCGUCAUUGCUGCUCACUUCGAUGUUGUGAAAUCCGCCCUCCUCUCCACCAUCGAAUCACUGCUACCAGAGGACUGGCCUGCUGAGAAGAAAGUAGCAACCUAUGGCGCUUGGGCACAAGCCUACGAUGAGCUUGCGGGUGUCAUGAUUAACGAAAUGCAAGUCGUCAGGGACGCUGAGGUGGCUUCGGCGGCUGAGCCUAAAUGACGAACAUGAAGAGAACUACGAGAGAGCAAAUUUAAACUCCUUGCAUGCAGUUCGAGGAGAAUAGAGUUACAGAAAAUGGGACAAAUAUAAGUCAGAUGUACAGCACAGAAUUUGGAUGAGAAUAAACGACGGAAACAAAACAAUUCACAUGCAUCUCGUACCAGGUCUAAGCUUCUGGAUCUGGUCUUGGUGAAUAAAAGACUUUGCUUGA